AGAAUCAUUAGUUUCUUAAUGAGCAAUUAAUUUGCUUGCUUUGUUAUUUAUUAAUUUGCAUAAGUGAUCACCAUUGUUCUUGCUGCACUGCACUCAUUAGCAUUUUGUCGAGAUAAAGAAAUGAAUGUAGUGGUAAAUCUUUAUACCUGAUCUGUAUUUCAAUGUUUAGAUAAGAAGAAAAAAAAUGUCUAUACUAGAUCACAAUUUUAAUUACAAUAUUAAAGAGUACUCUAAUGAGGAUUUACCUGUGGGAAAGUUCUUUUGGUUUUCCGGCUAUGAGCAUAGUGAAAAACAGAAUAAUAUUUUGGAUGAACUAAAUGAUAACCAGCAUUUUUAUUCAGAAGAACAGUUUGUGACUCCAUAUGUGGAACAAAAUUCCACUAAUGAUAAUCAUAAUCCUCAAAUUAAUGGAUUUAAUGACACUGGAUACAACAACACAAGGGAGAACAAUACUGAAUAUGAUAACGCGGAUGAGAUUGGAUAUGAUGACACGGGAUAUGAUGACAUUGAUAAAAUUGAAUACAAUGAUACCAGGUACAACAACCCUGGAUAUGAUAAGACUGAUGAAACUGGAUACAAUAACACCAGAUUCGAUGAUACUGAAUACAAUGAGAACUUGUCAAGAUCAGAACAUUUUCAAAAUGGCAGAUAUUUUAAAUUAAACGAUUCUGUCCCAGACUCGGAUGAAGAAGUAGUUGUGGGCGUCAAACUUAAUGAUGUCAACACACAACCUGACUUUGUCGAUGAAUUUUUUCGAAGUAAUUCCAACAAUUUUGAAGGUUGUGAUGCAGACAAUGAGCUAGAAGAUGAUUAUUCUGGUGGAACUUGGUUCGGAUUUGCAGGGCGGCAACGUCGUGCACAAUCCAUGGAAAAUCUUCUUGCUGAGGAAACUAUGAAAAAAAUUAAUCUUACAGAACAGUUCGAAAUGCUGGAUCAGCUUGUUUUGGAAUCUUUUGAUGACCUUGAAGUUGACUUGCCAGAGGGCGAAAGUAAAGAUAUAGUUGAAGAAGAAAUUAUUAUUCAAGAACAAAGAAACGCUGAGGAAGCUCUACCUGAAUUUCCAAUACAUGAUGUUAGCUUUGAACGUGAAGAAUCUAUUGACGGAAAUCGUGAAGCAAGGUUAACUCCUAUCGAAAUGUCAGAAGGAAAACAAACAGUUUUAGAUGAAUUUAUUGAGGAGGUAUUUCAUCCACAAAUCGUUUCUUCUAAUAAUGAUGAAAUAUCGUAUGAACCAAUACGAAACAAGAAUAAACAUCGUGAAAUAAAAAACAAUGAAGAUACUACUGAUGAACCAAUACAACGAACAUUUGUUCAUUCUAAAAAGUCAAGUGAGUCAAACGCUCCUUCUCUCAGAUCUAAAACGAGUAUUAGGAUCACAAGUAAACCAAAAACAAAAAAAUUAAGUGAAAGUGAAAGUGUGGUGUCACGUGACCAUCGUGAAGUGAAAGUGUUCUAUCAGUUGAAGAAAUCAGAUUCUGGUGACUCUAUGUACAAAAAAAUUGAGAAUAAAAAAGAAGAUAAAAAUUUGGAAGAUAACGGCAGUGACUUUAUCGAUGCUAAUUUGAUGCAAAAACAGGAGUCAGAAGAAGUUUUAGUAGCCGACGAUAAUGCUCUGCAAUACAGCGAACCUACAUCAAGUACGAUUCCCCACUCAUUGAAACGCCAAAAUCAUGUCGCUUCAAUAUCAAGUGUGUCAAGAGAUGACACCAGUACUGGAGAUCUAAGCUCUAGUGAAGAUGAACGAAAUGUUUCACUGCGCAGAAAUAGAAGUUUUCGUAGAAGUAUUGUGAUUGAAGAUGAAGAAGGGAUGAAGCGAAGAAGGAAGUCGACUGGUGGAACUUGUGUGAGCGUCUUUUUUACGCCAGUCAGUCCUACGAAGAAUAGUAAUAAUGACGGUUGUCAGCAAACAAUUUGUCAACAAUUUAAAGAAGUUCUCACUCAGCUUGAUCACAUGGUGGUAAGUGAAGCAAACUUUGGUAAAGACUUUGAAGCUGUGAAAAAGCUGCAUUCGUUGUUUUGGGAAGCUAAAGAAGCAGAGAAUAAAAAGAAGAAGAACAGCAAAACCGAAAGUUUGUCAUCUGUCCUCAACUAUUUAGUCGUGCAAGAAUGGCCUAAAAUAAUACUAGGGUGUUUGCGAAAGUUGAAAUCAAGUUAUCCACAUGUAUUUCAAGAAUGUUCUAAUGUUGAGAAUAUCAUUUACUACAGUGGUCAUAUGCCAUCUUUAUUGCGAAUGAACCGCACCAGUUCAGAGUUUGCGGUUUCUGUUCUAUUCGAUGGUUUGUUGAAAGCUGCCAUCAACUUCACUGAUACCCAUGAAGCAAGUCGAGAAGCGAGUUGUGAAGAUAAUUUGAUCGGCUAUUUGUUGGAAGAUGUUGUUCCACAACUUCAUAAUGUUGUGUGGGGAAAAGUUACUGCCAGAGAAAUGUUUUUCAAAUCUAUCUGUGAUCUUGUUUACAAUUGUGCAAAGACUGCGAGUAACGCGUCAUAUCUGAUCGAGCAUGAUUGCGUUAAUGUUUUCACUGAGAUGCGUGACGAAACAUUCGGUGUAGUGGACGCACGAAAAGUUAACAUGACAAUGUUGUUGACGCUAUCAUUCUUGAUUGAUGACAACAAUUAUGACAUCAUUAUACCCAGAGAAGACUCGAUUAUUCGUCUUCUUCAAUUUUUGGACAAGUCUCUGGAACACUCUGAACACACAUACCAUGAUUUUAAAGCAGAGGAACUCACUAAUUGUUUAACCUGUUUAGCUGGCCACAACGCUAACAAAGUAUUGAUCGUGGAAAACAGUGGUCAAGAAAUACUGCACAAACUUUUGAAGUAUGCGUACAACGACAGUGAACGAAUUGCAGCUUGUCAUGCACUAUGGAACGUGGCUUUUAGUUGUGAAGCAAAAGAUAUACUUCGAGAGAUGGGAAAACUCAUGAAUCUCUUAAGAGAGUUAAAGGGAUCAGAUAAUGCUAUUCUAAGGAGAGCUGCGAGUGGAAUUUUAUGGGAGUGCGAGGAGAAAUACGACAUAAAAGGUACGAGGGAAAUGUCUUCAGCGCAACCACAUCACGUGAUGAUAAGUUAUGAAUAUGAGGCUCAACCACUUGUGAUCGGCAUUCGCGAUGAACUGCAUAGACAAGGUUUUAAAGUUUGGAUGAACACGGAUGGCGAAGAAAGAAGUUUGCAAGAAAUCAUGACCAGGGGAGUGGAACGAGCUUCUGUUGUCAUAGCAGCAAUAACAAGAAAAUACAAACAAGCACCUCAUACUUUUGCAGAAAUCGACUAUGCCUACAAACUUCGAAAAGUCAUCAUUCCAGUUAUUAUAGAUGUCGACUUUGUACCCGACGGUUGGUUAAAUGAACUUAUUCAGUGUGAAAAAACUUUCGAUUUUUCGCGAAGAUCGAUGUUCAAUGGGAGCUUGGAUGCUCUGCUUGAAUACAUCAACGAAAUUACCGGACCGCAAGGGAACAGUGAUGCCACACGCACAUUGUCGAAUAGAAGUAGUGGUAGAAGUCGAAAUGCUGAUGUGCUCACCUGGCGCAACUCUGACGUUAUUGAUUGGUUAAAAGAAAAUCAACUUAUACGGUCUGUUAACAACACGGGGCGGUUACAAAAGCUGACUGGAUUGCAUCUUUUGAUGUUUUUUGAUCUCAAAAAAGAGAGUCCGGAUUACUAUUACUCAGUUUUGGAUUCACACCUCGGUUUUAAAGACGUACUCGAUACGCUUGAGUUCACUUACGCAUUAGAUCGAUUGCUGGGAAGUGAACGCUUGAUAUAAAUACCACUACUGUCGGAUGGUCUAAUCUAACGUCGGCAAGUCAACGGUAUUGUUGAAAUUUGACGGAUUACACGUCAGAUCAUUCUGUCGGAAUGUAAAGAAUCGUUACCAAAAUUCGUUUUGUCGGGGUAAUAUGAUUCUUGCUAAAAUUGAUUAAAGUGUCGCACUUUCGAAAAAGUUGCGCACGCACUUACGAUAUUACACGAAAGAGUUGCAUGAUAACAGGACAUGUAAAUAAGGAUAAGAUGCAUGUUUAUAUCAGAUUUUUAUAUUAAUUUCUAAAGAGAGUGAUAUUUUUGUUAAAAAUGUUUUGUGGAAAAUUUUGGAGUAGUUUACGGUGAUUUAUAUUUUUAUGAGAUUUUACAACAUAUUUUUAGAAACAUUA